GAAUCAACGACCCCCUCCCAGCGAUCCCGAGGUGCCCGCGCAGCGACGACCCAGGAUCUCUGCCUUCUUCUCUCUUCUCGUCGUCUUCGUCUUAGUCCAGCAAGCACCGCCAACCCUUUUCUUCCCGCCCACAGCCUCAAGAAAAGAAUCAAAAAAGCUAGUCUCUCAUCAUGCCUGGCGUUAGGGAUCUCUCUGCCGAUGCUUUCAUCGCUGCCUACUCUUCGCACUUGAAGCGAUCCGGAAAGUUGGAGGUUCCCAACUGGGUCGACACCGUCAAGACCGGUUCGUUCAAGGAGUUGGCUCCUUACAACCCGGACUGGUACUACGUUCGAGCUGCCUCGAUCGCCCGACACAUCUACCUCAGGAAGCACGUCGGUGUUGGUGCUCUCGCCAAGCUCUACGGAGGUGCCCACCGACGUGGAAACAGGCCCUCUCACCACAAGGACGCCGCUACCGGUGUCCAGAGGGCCGUCCUCCAGUCUUUGGAGAAGAUCGGUGUGCUCGAGAAGGCCACUGACGGUGGAAGGAAGAUCAGCGUUGACGGACAGCGUGACUUGGACCGAAUCGCCACUUCGACUUUGGAGAGCCAGGUCGAGGAGGAGUCUGACGAGGAGGAGGAUGAGGAAGAGGACGAGGAGGAGAACGACGAGGACGACGAGUAAAUUCUUUUGCUCGAUUUUACCGUCUUCCAUCAUCAUUCAUCCAGCGUAGCAGCAGCGGCAGCCUUACUCUCGGGGAAAGAAUAUGAAAUAUAUUUCUCAGGGUUAC